AUUGUUGGUACUCCGGCGCUCGUCCGGCGCGCAACAACAGGUCAAACCUGCUCAAACCUGUUCAUUCCACGACUAAUACUCACCGCUCGGCCCCCUGACACUCAAACGAGCCGCUCGAAGCCCGGGAUAUCGCUCGAGAGAACUCGACAAAUUCGUCACUCGUGAAAGAAACCAAAUGCUGUCCGACCAGGAGCACGACGCCGCCGCCCCGGCGAAGGAAGAGCGCGUCCUCGCCGACGCCGAGAAGCGCGCGAUCAAAGUCGCUCUGGCCCUGGCCGUUUUGCGCGAUUCAGACGCGGCGCGCGGCGGCGGAACCGUCGCCGAGACCGGCCGCGGCGGAAGCGGCCGCGGCGCUUCCGCGGCCGGCCGCGACGCGGUGGCCGCGGCCUGCGCGGCCAAGGCCGGGGACGUCCUCCUCGCGGCCGCUCCGCCGCCGAGCGGCGGCGACGCGCUCGUGCGCGAGCUCGAGGUGCUCGGCCGGACGCGGCUCGAGGCGCGGCCCGAGCUCAUGGGUCGGUUCCUGCGCGCCACGGCCCGCGUCGCGCGGGAGCUGCCCGCGUCGGCGCCGCGCGUCGCCGAGCUCGCGCGGUCCGUGGGCCGCGGCGUCGAGGCCGCGCCGGGGUCCUUCGCUUCCGGGCUCGCGGCGUCGUUCCUCCGGCUCCUCGGCGCGGCGCACGACGGCGCGCUCGCGGCGUGCGUGCUCCACGGCCUCGACGGCGUCCUCGGGGACGCGGCCGUCGAGCUGCUGGGCGCCGCGGACCUCGACGCGCGCACCGCGUGCCUCGGGCGCUGCGAGCCGCUCCUCCUCGUCUUCGCGGCCGUGCUCGUCCGCGCGCUCCCGGCGCUCUCGCGCGAGGACCGCGGCGCCGCGGCCGAGAUGCUCGCCCGCCUCGUCCAGGACUUCGAGCACGCGCCGCUCCCGCACGCGUUCCUCGUCGACCUCGCGCACGCCGCGCUCCCCGCGCUCCGCGACGCGCGCGCCGCGCCCGCGGCCGGAGGCAAGAAGAAGAAGCGUCUUUCCACGCUUCGUAAGAUGGCGGCCGCGUGGUCCCCCGUGGGGCGGUACCGCUCCUGCUCCGCGGACAGCGGGUUUUCGGACGUGGACCUGCCGCCCUUGCUGGGCAUGAAGCAGAUGGACCUGCUGGCGCACCCGCGCAACUACAAGUCCUUCCAGGAGCGGUUCCCCGAGCCCGGCGCCGGCGCGCCGGCGUCCGUGGCCCUCACGCCCAUGUUCCUCACGGGCCAUCGGCCGCGGCGCGCGCCGGCGGACGCCGCCGAGGCGCCGUCGGCGGCGUCCUGGCUCUUCGGGGCGCCCGCGGCGGCCCCGGCGCCGCCGGCGGCCGUCUACGUGCGCGCGUGGUGCCGAAGCUCCGAGGCCGACGCGUACCCCUACGCGGACCCCUACGCCGAGGCCGGCGACGGCGACAGCGCGCGGCGCGUGGGGCGCACGGCCCCGCGCGCCCCGUCCCGCGCCGGGACCUGCGCGUUCGACGGCGCGCGGCUGCUGCUCGACGCGGCCGGCGGCGGCGCGCGCGUCGUCGUCACGCUCCACGAGGGCGGCGAGGGGAGCGACGAGGAGGGGAACGUCGUCGGCCGCGCCGUGCUGCCCGCCGUGCCCGCGGGCUGCCUCGUGGACAAGUUCCCGCUCCUCGACGCGGCGGGGGCGCCGACGGGCGCGUGCCUCACGUGCGCGGUGAAGCGCGUCGCGGGCUACCUGCCGCCGCCGCUCUACCAGCACGCGCUCUACGUCUACGAGCAGCGGCCCGCGCCCUACCUCGGCCCCCUGCUCCACAUGAACGAGCCCUGGGCGCCGCUCGGCGUGUCGCUCGAGGCGGCGCCGGCGCCGGGCGCCGUGCUCGUGCCCGACGUCGCCCUCCCGGAGGCCUGGGCGCGGGGCGACGGGCCCGGCGGCAUCCUCGUCGCGGACUGGACGCUCUGCAACACGCCCUGGGCGGGCGACGACCGCGGCUGGACCUACAGCGACGCGCUCGGCUCGGCGGCGGCGUCGCGCGUCGACUUUUACGGGGCCCGCUUCCGGCGCCAGCUCUACUACCGCCACGCGACGGACGACGCGCGCGUCCUCGAGGUCACGCGCGGCGACCUGCCCCCCUACGACCUCUACGACCACGUCGUCCGCGUCCACCGCCGCCGCGGCCUCGAGAGCUCGGACCUCGGCUCCCGCGCGGGGCCCGACGACGGCGCGCCCCUCGCCGAGUCGUGGUCCUGCACGUCGCUCUCGAGCCUCGACACGACCGCGGCGGACGACGGCCGCGCGAACGCGCGGAGGCCGCUCGCCGGGUCGCCGCGCUCGGCGCCCAAGGGCCCCGCGCUCGGCGGCUACCUCGAGGCCGCCUUCGACGAGGACGGCGGCGCGCCGCCGCCCGCCUUCGGCUUCCCGAAGCGCCACGCGCCGCGGCCCGAGCCAGGGUAG